AUGUUUGGUUCGGAAUUAAUAUACGCUCUGUGCCUGGUAUUCUUUGCCACUGUUUCUGCUGCGUUCCCAAGUAAUGUAGAUUCGCUCGUCAAACAAUACGGCGAGAUGUAUUUGAAGGAUGGAAUUGUUCCCCAAGUUGCGCAAACACAUGCUUUCAUGAAGGAGGGCAAGGUACACAUGCAUGUCGACCUUCUCGGUAUUACACACGAGUUUCUACUCGAACCCACAUCCGUUUUCAGCCAAGACUUAAUCAUCUCAGUUGUCAAAGGUGGUGGGGUCGUGGAGAAUUUAGCCCCGCCCAGGCAGUACAGUUAUCAUGUAGUAGAUGAGCGAAACGCUGAUGUAUCUGGAACAGCUAUCGUGCAUGAUAAUGGAUUCAACAAGGUUUUGAUGUACAUGAUUGGCGAAACGGAAUACACAUUAGACGGAUUCGGCC